AUGGCCGACAACGACGCGCAGCAUGAGCACACCUUCGACAGCGCCGAUGCCGGUGCUUCCAAGACCUACCCCAUGCAGUGUUCUGCUUUGAGGAAGAACGGUUUCGUCUGCAUCAAGAACCGCCCCUGCAAGAUCGUCGACAUGAGCACCUCCAAGACGGGAAAGCACGGUCACGCAAAGGUUCACUUGGUCGCCAUUGACCUCUUCACCGGCAAGAAGCUCGAAGAACUUUGCCCUUCCACCCACAACAUGGACGUUCCCAACGUUACGCGCCGCGAGUACCAGCUCCUCGACGUUACUGAUGACGGCUUCCUUUCUCUCAUGACCGACGAUGGUGCUACCAAGGACGACGUCAAGAUUCCCGAUGGUGAGGUUGGCGACAAGAUCACCAAGCUGUUCACUGAGGAGGGCAAGGACACUAACGUCAUUGUCCUUACUGCCAUGGGUGAGGAGGCUGCCAUUGACGCUAAGGAGGCUCCUAAAUAA